AACAACAAUCAAAGAAAACAGCAAAAAGUGAUCAGGAUGGAGAAGAAGUCUCUAAUAAUCUGUGUAGUUGUGGGUUUUUUAGGGCUUGUUGCUGCUGUUCUGGGUUUUGCUGCUGAAGGUAAAAGAAUCAAGGCAUCCCAAGUUAGGGAGAUACAACCUGGUCUAUGUUCUUACCCCAGGAGUCCAUCUUAUGCACUUGGAGUAACUGCAGCACUUUCGCUACUGGUUGCCCAAAUUGUUAUUAAUGUUGCUAGCGGUUGUAUCUGUUGCCGAAAAAAUCCGUAUACUUCAACUACUCAUUGGACUCUUGCCCUUGUUUGCUUUAUUAUAUCUUGGUUUACAUUUGUCGUAGCAUUUCUCCUACUGCUCGGUGGUGCAGCCCUGAACGAUGAACAUGGUGUAGAGAACGAGUACUUUAGCUACUACUACUGUUACGUUGUCAAGCCUGGCGUCUUCGCCGUGGCUGCUAUUCUAUGUCUUGCUAGUGUCACUCUCGGCAUCUUAUAUUACCUCACAAUUUCAUCCGGCAAGGACAAUUUUUUCGGAAACACUAUUGCUCCUAAUCAAAGCGGCAUUGCCAUGGGACAAGCUCAGGUCCCUCCUACCUCUCAAGACCCGGUAUUUGUGCAUGAAGAUACAUAUGUACGACGACAAUUCACCUAAACGGCUUAUGUAUGAUAGCAGUUUUUUCUUCCGGAUCAGUCAGUCGUCUUUUGACAAACUGAAUAUUCAGUGAGAAAGGAGCAUGAACAAGUUUUUAGGCUGGUAUGUAUUCCUCCACACACCCAAGAAAGAAAAAGAUUAUGGCAAGAGUAAGAAACUUUUAGCGUGUAAAUAUAUUUUGGGGAUUAUAUAUAAUUGUUGAACUCCCUCUUUACGGCACUUCUAGCUGUUUGGAUAUUCGAAGAUUAAAUUAGCUUAGAUGGACCAUUACUCAUUAAUCAUUGCAAAUCUUUUUUUCUUCGGAAUAUAAUCAUAACACUAUGAGACGGUCUCACCGUGAGAUGUGACCCAAAUUUGGGUUAAAUAACCCAAUAAUAGAAAUUUUAGCUUAUGAGUUUCUUGUUUUGAGAUCGUCUUACCAUGAGACGGUCUCAUACGAAACGGACUUCAUCGUAAUUAUUGAGAAUAAUUAAGCUAGACACAUUUCAUUGACUCUUGUACUAGUGUUACUAAUAAAGAGUUUUAAUAGGUAAAUAAUCGUGAUUUACAUCAAUUGUAAAUUACUAGUAUGUGGCACUAUGUUAUAGGUUCAUUAUUUUUAU